AUGGAAUGUUUCGCCCUGCUGAACGAAGAGGGACUCACAUCACUUCCUGAGAUGGAAAAGAUUCAGGAAAGGCUCUGCUCAAAUCUUAUUCAUUCCAAAACCGGAUUCUUUCUUUGGAGUACGAGUGGCGAUCAAGAAAUGGGAAGAUUCCAGGACAGUGGAAGACGUCGCAAACUGUUCUUAUCCAUAAGGGACGGGACUGAAAGGAUCUUGAAACUACUGUCCGAAAGACCUGCUGAGGGUCCAAUGUAA